UGAGUAUUAUUAUUAUUAUUAUUAUUUAUUUGUUUUUUUAAUACGCGUUUUCUGCCUUAUCUCCUCCCGCGUUGUUCGACCGGCGUUAUCUGCACCGCGGGACGAUACCACAACGACAUGCCGGCCAGCAACAAUAAUGCCACUUACUUGAGAGCUUUUGGCUUAUCGGCCGUAGCAGCAGCGGAAUCGUCGUCGGAACAACUCAGCCAGCAUCAGCUCCACCACCACCACCUGCAGCACCAUGUGGUGGUCGGCGUCGGCGGUGACGGAAGGAGCGAUUGCGGCGGCGAGUUCGACACGUCCGCCGAGGAAGACAGGGCGGCGGCGGACACCAUCGACGAGCUGAACAACCGUCGCGGUGACGUCGUGACGACAACGGUUGUGGCCGCAGCGGAGGAGGCGAGCGAUGAGUCGCCGCCGGCGGCCACAACGACCGCGGCGCCGUCGUCGUCACAGCAGCAGCGACAGCGUUGCGACGGCGCGACCGAUGUGGUGACCGCGGCGGCGGACGAAGAAAAUGGCGGCGGGAGCGCGGGCACGCCCAGCAUCGGCUACGGGUCGCCGGCGGUAGAUGGUGCGCCGGUCGGUAGGACGUCGUUCGGGUCGGAGGAGGAGGAGCCCGCCGCCGUCGACCGUUUACAGCAACAACCGGUUCACGGGACGGCAGACGAACGGCCGACCGGCAACGUGUACGUACGCCGCGAUGAUAUGAACUAUCAUCAUCCACACCACCAGCAGCACCAGCACCAGCAGCACGACAGUCCGCCGCAGCUACACGUAAGCACCAGUGCGACGACUACGACAACGUCGACGACCGGUGUCAUCAACAACAACAACAACAACAACAGUAACAGCAACAGUAGUGGACCGUCGCCGAACAGCCGUUACGACAUGUUGGUUGCACAGCAGACUUAUCAACAAGCCAAGUACGGCAGUGGCCGGGACUUGAUGGCCGCUAUGUUCCCGCAAGUAUUGAUCGCGGGUCCGCAACAGAUACAUCAGCACCAGCAACAACGCGAUGAAGACGAAGAUUUUUACGAGUACCAGCAACAGGCGUACCAGCAGCAGCAGCAGCAGCAGCAACAGCAACAGCAACAUAGCAAGUUCGAACACAUCGUGCUCAAGCAGGAGCCGCUAGACAGAGUUCAAGUAUACACCGACGAGUACUUCCACCAGGAUCACCAGCAGCAAUUGUCCGUGCAGCUCCAGGAGCAACACUGUUCCAGUCCGGGCAGCUCGGCGGGCGGUUACGACGAGGAAGUGGUGGUGGCCGCUGCUGCGGCCGCUAAAGGUGAACUACUCGACCUGCACUUGGCCCGGUCCGACGGUGGCGCGGGACCCGGACAGCAGGAGAAUCCCUUUGCGCAUCUCGUGGCCUCGCUGCACAGUGACUCGGGUAGCGCUUCCCCGUUGCAAGGCCAUUUGCACGACGACCAACAACUGGGUGGAUGUGGUUCGCCCACCGUCGGGUGUCAGCAGCCGCACGUGGCCGACCACUCGUAUACGCCGUCGUCCACGGCUACCGAUCAGCAAAUUCCGCAACACUUGUCGACGCAAAACCAUCACGGCGUCUACCACAGCAGUUCCAACGUCAUACACCACAACACUUCCAACAUGUCCGGUUCGUCCAUGUACCAGAGGAGUAACGGCGGCGGCCUGCAGUAUUCGACUUCCCUGCCACAUUACUUCACGUCCUCACCCGAGCUCAACCAACAGCAGACCAACAACAUCAUCACAUCCGUGGCCAGCAAUCAAAUGUGGUCCACAGUAGUAUCCGAAGACGGUACUGGAGGAUAUUCUCCGACGUCGACAAGCAAACAGCAGCAGUCCAACCACAACGGCGGUGGCCUGCCAGCUUUCGCCCAGCGUUUUGGCACGCACACGUCGUCAGCGUCCGCGUACACGGCCGCCGGUUCGUCCCGGUCAGCGCCUUCGUCGUACCACCCGAUCGCUACGCCCGGCGUGACGCCCUAUCACCUGACAGCCUCGGUCGUCAACAACGGUGGCCCGGCGGACACCUCGUCGCUCCAGUGGGCCGCGGCCGCCGCAGUGGCCGGAUCGCACGGUUACCCUAACACCGACGGCACCAUAAACUACGCUCCAAUGCCGAUCAACCAGUCGGGCAGGAGCCGGACAAACGCAUUCUCGGCCGCCGCCUCACUGUCAGCACUCGACGAGAUGGAAAUGUUUUGCGAGGGUCGCGAGUGCGUGAACUGCGGAGCGGUUUCUACUCCACUGUGGAGGCGCGACGGCACCGGUCAUUAUUUGUGCAACGCGUGUGGACUUUACUACAAGAUGAACAGCAUGAACAGGCCUUUAGUAAAACAACCCAAACGGCUGCAAAAUGCAUCUAGGCGUCAAGGGUUGCAGUGCACAAAUUGCCAAACGGCCACCACGUCGUUGUGGCGUAGAAAUCAAGUGGGUGAGCCUGUGUGUAACGCAUGUGGUCUGUACUUUAAGUUACACGGUGUUAAGAGACCACUUACGAUGAAAAAGGAUUCCAUCCAGACACGGAAGCGCAAGCCCAAAGGUGGAUCUAAAAUAGAACCGGAACCUAAGAGAAUCAAACAAGAAAUACCGUCUGAACAUAACUAUAGUGACUGUCACCGCACAUCCGGCAGUGUUUUGAAUCAUGGCAGUGCCAGUUCGGGUCUUGCAUAUACCAACUUGUACCAAACAGCCACACAUAUGACACCUGCAUACUAUGAUGUCAUCAAGUCAGAGUCAUCACAAGAGUCUAUCAACAGUCCACAUAUAGUAAGCCUUGCAUCUGCCAACAACAACAAUAACAACAACAACAACAAUAAUAACAUAAACACCGGCAACAAAGAUAGGCCUAGUGUUCUAACCAUGUCUGUUAAUUCCUAAAAAUUAGUAUAUUUCUAUUAUAUUUCCUUGAUUAUUCUUUAGUGUUAUCAACCUUGUUGAUUUCAAUAUUAUAAUAACUAUUUAUCAUUAACGAACAAACGAAAAAAUUAUUAUGUUUUAUUUAUAUUAUUAUUAUUUACAAUAUUUAACUAAUUACAAUAUAUUUUAUAAUUUAUAAUACAUACAUUACUGAUUGGAAUGUAGGCAAUUUUCAAAGACAUUAUAUUAGGAGUUUAAUUUUUUUCAAAAAGCAAAGACUGCAUAUAUAUUUAUAUUCUGUUCAAGAAACAAAAUUUAUAAAACUUAAAUUUAUAAUAAGCUCAUAUAAGUAAUUUUAUUUAAUCACAAGUACAAUAUUUUAUUUUAUUUUUUGUUCUAGUUGAAUCUCUAUAUAAAACACUGAUUUGUUAAGUAGCAUUUACUGUCUUGUACAUUCUUAUACUUGUAAGUCCUUUAUUUAUUGUACAUAUAUGAUGUACUUAAUUUGUUAAUAUUAAUAUCAGUUGCUUGAAAAAUAUUAUUUUUGUUUUUAAGUCUUCGUUUUUGAUCAAUUGGAGAUUGUGAUUAGAAAAAUUGUUGAAAUAUUUUAAUUAGUUGAUAGUUUAAUUUAAAAAAAAAAUAUUUACUGAAACUGAAAAUUAUAGCAUGUUAAUUUCGAAAUAUUUGUAAUCAUUAUUAUUAUAAUAGAUAUAUUUGUUGUUGUAAAAUUGUAAUUAUUUAGUCAUAGUUCUGAGCAACUUAUAUACUAAUUUAAACGUUUGUGAUCAAUCGAUUUAUUUUUACACCAACAAACGUUUAGAACUAUGUAAAAUUCAUUUCAUAAAAAUUGCUGUUUGAUUAUAACAAAUAUUAUAGUACUGAAAC